UCUCCUCUCUUUCUCUGUGCAUGCUUGAGAGAUUGAGAAGGAGAAAUGUGUCCCCUGCGGCUGAUUCUCAUAUUCCUCUCCGCCACCCUCGCCGGCUUCUUUGUCCUCAGAAACCUCAAAUCCGACGGCCCCCAAUUGGAAAUGCCGCAAGAUGAACAAGAAACCCACCAACUGCAAAACCCCAACAAAUCUCCCCACCAAUUUUCCAAGGUUCGCUCCGCCUUGGAAUCGGGGUUCUGGACCGUCGUGGACAUGGCCAGCGGACGCUACCUCUGGAGGCAUUUGGCGUCGUCGACGGCGGCGAAGCAGUCGGAUUGAUGCUAUAAUUGCUGGGAAUCUGACACGAGUCCAGGUUUGAGAUUGACUACUAAGAAUCUAAGAUGUUGUAAUUUUGAAAGGACCCAAUUGAAAAGAAAUCCGAAAUGUUGUAUGAUGUUUGCAAAUGGUGUGCUGUAGCUGUAAUUACUACCAUUCAGCAACAAUAUCAAUCCAAUUUGUAUUGUAAUUUUGCUAUUUUACACUAUCUGGUUCUGGUUUCUGUAUUAACUAAUCAAGUGUGGUGUGGAGAAAUUUCACCAAGACAUAAUCCACCUCUAUCUCAUGCUAUUCCCUGUGCUAUGUAUAAAGCUAAGGCUUGCGAA